UGGUGGCGCUCGGCGUUGCCCUCUCGCUGGUCGGAUUUCGGGGUGGGGCGGCAGCAGCAACGCGCCCGCUUUUCUAGGCGAGCUGGCGGUUGUCGGUGGCUCCGCUAGUCGCCCCGUCACGUAGGUUACGCACACAAUCACUCCCUAGGACGGCCCGGAGCCCGUCCAGGCAGCUGCGACCUCCCCAGACCCGGGCACCCUGGAGGCUGGGGCCGCAAUGGUGCGGGUCGAGGGCCCGAGAUGGAGCUGACCAGGGGCCGGAGGGGCUGAGAAGAGCCUGCUCAAGUUGGGGCCAAGCACGAAGCCCUUCCCCGCCCGUCGGGCUCCUGGGUUCCCGCCAGCCGAUUUCCAGCCGUCAGGGUCACGCCACUCGCUGGAAACCCUGAACUCUGUGCCCACAAGCCCUGAGACCCCUGCGGGAAUGUUCAAAAAUGAGUACCAGGGAGGUGCAUUUGUUGAAAUUUUCAGUGCUCAAGGAAAAAAUCCUGGAGCAAAAUGGAAGAUCCUUGGCAGUCCAUCUGUGAUUUGGAAAGAGUUUGAUAAAGAAGUUAAAAGUUUUGUGUUUGUCCUGGAAGGCAGCAGCCAAACAAAUAAAAUUCAAUUACCAAAGGAAAAUAAGCAAAUCCUUGGAUUGAUCCAGAGGUUUCUUGUACUUCAGAUUUACGUACCCCUGGGACAAGACUUCUCCACCGAAUUGCUAAUUACUGAUUUAGGGAACAUCAAGCGAAGAUUAUAUUUAUCAACGGUCCAUAAGGAACUAUCCUCAACUCCUCUUCAUGCAAAAAUUCCACUCUUUAUGAUCAAACGUAAGAUUUGGUGCAAUCUAUGCAUUGACUUGGUAGCAUUCACCAGUGAAAUAUUCAAGGGGGCAGUUUUCCAGUCAUUGGAUGGAAUUGUUGUCUCAGCUAACUGCAAGCUACGGAAGAUCUUCACCUUAAAAUCAAAGCCUCAAGACACUGCUGAUAAAGAUGCCAUCUAUGGUGUUCCCUUUUCAACAGAUGAGCCUACAGACAUUAUACCACGAAGCUGUCAGCUAACGACAGAUGUUCCACACGUCACACAGUUGCUAAACAUGACUAAACUUCGCCAGACUGAAAUAAAAUUUGGAGGCCAUCCUCUAAGAUCAGCAGAAUCAGAUCAAUUCGUUAACAGAGGAACAGGUAGUGCACGGAACAGUAAAAAUCAAGAUGUUUGUCAUAUCGCCUUUGGAUCCAAAGUUCUUGGACCACCUCCACUCUCUGGCAAAAGGAAUAACAUGAGGAUAUCCAGCGAGACAGUGAGAUCCGUUGGGUCCAAAAAUAACCGAUCAUGCCAGCCGUCCACUGUAGAGAAGUGUGUUAAUGGUACAGAAAUGUCAGCCUUACUGAUAUCUGAGUCUGAGGAGCAAGGAAAUAAAGAAAACAUUCACCAGAUAAAACAGACUAUACCUAUUCAUGCAGCCAAUCUACAUAUUAUGCAUCCGCAUCCCCCUCAAGAACCAUCAGCAGAUAAGAAUAAUAACAGAAGAAGAUUAUGGUUAAAAAGCACCAGCAGAGAAAGGACAGAGACACCCAGCGGCAGCUCUUCAGGAAAUAGUAGGAAUGAAGAUAAAGCAUCAACUGUCCUCACUACUGUGUCCCAACAAGGAGCAGAGCUGUUGAACUCCAUCACUCUAGGACCCCAGUCUCCUGAUCAAUCAGAUGAGUGGAUCUUUCCUGAAAAUGCUGAUCACAUUUCAUAUCUGGCAUCUAGCAGACAGUCUCUACUUCUGGAUGAUGACUCCUCCAAUCCGUCACAUCUGUGUCUGGAAGCCAGCAAGGACAGUGAACAUGACCAGCAGGCAGAGGAAUCUCAGAGUGUUCCAAAGGACAUUUUCACUUUUUCAUCAAGACCACGAUCGGCACCUCAUGGAAAGACUCAGACUAUGUCCCCAGAGGAGCUCUCAUUUAUUUUGGAUCUAAAAGAGGAUAACAGUGUGACAAGCAGAGACGCCCAAUCAGAGGAUGAUUUUUACGGUGGUGACAGCAGUGAAAAGGGUAACCACAGUAUCCAGGGUUCUCCAGGCCCAACAACUGGUCCUUCAGGAUUAACUCAGUUAACUUUAGAGAGCCUGCUGGGGAAAGCUGCAAGGUGGACAAGUAAGGAAUAUAUAAAGAGCACCUACACAGAAGCAGGAGCCACAGAAAGCCAGGAUUCCUCGGCGAAGCAAACAGAUAGAAAUGACUUUCAAAUGAGUUUGUUGCCUACACCAUGCCUUUCUCCAACUGGAAGAAGUUGUGGAUCCUCUCAGAAAACUCCAGACCCCCUAAUCAAAGCGAAGGACCUACCAGCCCAGCAAGUGCCAGCUUCGCUAAAUAAAAUCUCCCUGAAAGAAAUCUCAGGGGAAAGGCUGAGCUCAAUCCCUGAAGCGUCUGAUUAUGACUGGCGAAACUAUCAGCCCAGCCAGAUGAGUGAAUCCGAGUUACAGAUGCUAGCGAGCCUAUGGCGGCAACAAAAUGAAGAACUGGAGGAUGCCGGGACCUCCCAUGGCCUGAGUGCAUCCCAGGUGGACAACUGUAAUGUCAGCAUAAGUACCAGCAGUGACGACACAACCACCUGGAACUCCUGCCUGCCACCUCCUGUCAACCAGGGUCGCCACUAUCAGAAAGAAAUGAACCCACCUUCUCCUUCUAACCCCCGGGACUGGUUAAAUAUGUUGAGCCCACCAAUUGUUCCUCCCAGUCAACAGCCGGCUGAGCAGCGUCCAGAUUCCUCUGAAAGUUUGAGUGCUCAAGCAAAAACAUCAAGGUCCAACCGAACAGACUGGUGCAAAGUACUUCUCUGACUGGUAGAAAUAACACUGAACUCUUAGUCUGGAAACAGAGAGUUUGUGCCCAGCUCUGCCUGUCACUCACCAAGCAACCUCAGAUGAGCUGUUCAACUUUGUGAAGCUUGGUUUCCUCAUCUAUAAGAUGGGCAUGAUAAUUCCUGCCUGUUUCACAGGGUCAUGAGGGCCAAAUGAACUGCUGCAUAAGAAUGCUUUCUAAACUGUCACGGACUCUACCAGUUGAGGUAUUAGCAAGCAAGGCAGAUGUAAUCAUUCCUCAGUUGAACUCCACUCUUAAGGACUGCUAGCACUGCACUCAACUCACAAGAACCAGCUGGUUUCACAUUUUACCUGCUUCUCUACACAGGCCAUUAGAAUAGGGACUGUUUCGUAUCAUCAUGACCUGAGCACCUAGCUCAGUGCCCGGCUCAUGGAAGGAUCAUGUUAAAUGUGUUUUUGGAUGGUUGGAAGAAUGGGCAGAGGAAUGGCUAUGGUACAGUUUUAAACCCCAACUCCACUAUCUAGGCACCACUUCCUUGGACUUAACUCCAGUUUGUCAAUGCCCUGACAAUGUUGAGGCACCAGCUUGGUCUGAUUUUGGCUGGGUCAGAUGAAACACCACGACCACCAGCACCAUCUUCCCUUCCUCUGGGCAGUGACACUUAAGAUCAUGGGCUUUUAUUCACACCUUCAAGAAACAUUCCAUUUUUAUUGAACCUCUAUUAUGAGUGAGCCCUGCACCAUGCCCACCAUCUAAACUCUUCUGAAGCUCAACCUGGUUAGCACAUAGCCCAAAGCUUCACAGUGUGGUUUGGUUUGAGUUUGGUCUUUAAUAGCCUGUGCUUGAUUGUGAAGCUGAAGGCUAAAAAAAGAAAAGAAAAAAACAGCUGUGCUACUGAAGAGAGGAUUGUUGUCUUAGUCACCUCUUUCUCCCUGUGCCUACCCUCUGAUCUCUGGCUGAGAAGAUCUUGACCUCUCAGCCUCUGAACUCAUUACAUGAAUUUUCAGAAGUACUCAGAAUGCACUCACUUGUGAAUACAAAAGUACUUGGCACAGCACUGGGCACAUAAAAGGUACUCAGGAAACAGCUUUGUAAAAGUUUUUUUUUUCAUUUUAUGCCAUCUGUUGGAAGCCAGCAAGCCUUGAUGAUGACUUAGACAAUAGGACUCCUCUCUGUCCAAUCCAUCCAAAUGGCUGCCACAAGAGAAAACAUCAAGCCAUGUUCAUAUCCCCAAAAAACUUAACAGACUUCCCCUCACCACUAAUAAAACUACAAAUUACCUGACAUUUUGUUUUCUCUAUAUAUCGUCUGUUCUAUAUAUCUGAUAGUUCUAUUAUUUUAAUUCAUAUUUGUUUGGUAGCCUUUUUAGGAUGAUUGAAUGGGGAUCAAGUUUUCUACUUUAUUAGUUUGCACUGUUUUGCAUUUUGUACAGCUCUGGCCCAUGAAGAAGUUUGGAACUGUGACAAUUAGUUUUGGAUCCUGGCAAGCUUCCUAAUUCUAAUGAGCAUAACUCUUAAGUCUUUUGGCCCUCUCCUUUUCUUCUUUCCCCUCCUACCAGUUCUUCACACUCAGUUUUUCUUGUCCUUUAUCGUGAAAUUGGUUCUUCUGGUCACUGGUGUUUCUUCUCCACCUAGCACCACAUGUGUAGAGUCUUACCACUACCACAGUGCUCCUCCCUUCCGGCCUAAACCUUCUGCCUACAUAAAGAAAAUCCCCCAGGAGAGAUGGUGCUUCCUGCUUCACUGCCCUUGUUUAGGAAUUCCACGCCAAGCCAACAGCUAACAUGUCUGUGGUUCCCCUUCC